AUGAAAAUCUACGUAAACAUCUACAGCCUAUUUUUAAUCAAGUUACAGCUCGAGCAGGCCAGUAUGUGGACCUUGGAUCUAUCCAGCAGUGUAAACAAGGAAGCUGGUUUAUCUCCUGGAAAAUUUACUGAGAUCUAUGCAGAGAAACAAGGCAAACGAAGAUUAAAGGUAGAGAAAAAAUCAAAACUGCCUUCUACAAAGAGGAGAAGGAUGCAGCUCAAACAAGAGAGAAACCUAACACAGUGUGCUUCACAAGCACUGGAGGGAGACACAUACCAAUCAGAGAUUGGCUUAGAAGAGCAAGUAGAUAUAGAAAAGAUUCCAGACCCUGUUCCCCGUGGUAACUUCAAACCUGUCACCAUUCCUAGUCGAGCCCCAUCCAUUGUUGUUUUUGACUUGGAAACUACUGACCUGAUUCGAGGUCGACACAUGCCACACAUAACACAAAUAGCUGCUGUUGGACUAGAGAAUGAUGCUAUUUUUAACACCUACAUUAUCCCAAAGAUACCAAUUAGGGAGACUGCAAUGGAAGUUACUGGUAUAGUUGUGACUGCAGGAAAAAUGACAGUACAUGGAAAAUGUGUCGAUGCUGAGGACAUCACAUCAGGUCUCUUGAAAUUCCUAAACUGGCUGCAGACAUACCAAAACGUGAUUUUAGUGGCCCAUAAUGGCAGAAAAUUUGAUUUUCCUGUUCUCAUGAACACAGUGAAAUCUUUGAAACAGUCUAAAAUGUUAUUUCAAAGUGUAGAAGGGUGUAUUGACUCCCUUAGUGUAUUCAAGAAAGUGUUUCCAGGGCAGACAAAUUACAAGCAGGAAACGUUGAUGAGCUCAAUACUGGGUCAAACAUACGGCGCUCAUGACGCAAAGGAGGAUAUUUUAGCACUAUCACUGCUAUUGAAAGAAGCAAAGUUAUCAAAAUCUGAAACACUGUCUUUUAGUUUUUCUCCUAUUGCCCAACAUGCUUUGCGUUUUAGUGCGGAAAAGGCAAAAAAUGUGCCUUCUUUACAUCAUUUAAUUGCACAAGGCAUCUUAAAACAUGCAACAGCUGAAAAUUUUGCAGGCUCUGGUUUGAACUUCCAACAUCUGAAAAAAAAUUUCCAAAGAGAUGGUGAAGAUGGACUGAGAGCAAUAUUUGUGCAAAAGAAUUGUGAUGGACAGCCACGUAUCUCAGCUGCUAAAAGAAUCCUUGAUUCAGUUAUUCCAAAACUUGUAGAUCUAUUUGAAAAACAAGAUUAA